CUGUGUGUCGCCAGCGCAGCAGCGUCGGCGCUUCCUUUCUCCCAGCCCGUGUGUGUGCGCUGCGAUCUCGCGAUACCCAGCCAGUGUGAGAGCUCCGCCCACCCCCGCCUGCCCCUGGCCCGGCCUGUCAGCAGCUGCAGCAGCGGCGGCGUGUAGCCUGUAUGUCAGCCUUGUCAGUGGCCCCGGGCAGCGGCGCCCACUGAGGCCUGUCCAGUACACUGCCCCGGGGACUCCCGGCCAUGGCGUCCGACAGCGACACAGAGGAGUUCUUCGAUGCCCCCGAGGAUGUGAAUCUCUCCGUCUCCCCUGUAGUAUCCCCAACAAAGCCAGGAGCUUUCGUCUUGCAGGAAGAAGUCGCCCAUUCCGAACAUCCCCGGCUAGAAACUGGCACCACAGAACCAAAGCAAGAUGACCCAAAAGAGAUUAUUGACAGCAUUAUUGAGGAAAGUCAGAAGUCCAUUGUCAUAGAUGAAAAUCCUAGCCCGGUUGUGGAAAUAGUAAACUUUUCUAGCAAUUCUGUAAGCACAGAUCAGAAACUUUUAGCCAACAUCCCCAAACUAGUGGUUACUGAAACCACCUUUCAUGAUGACCCAAAAGAUCUUAUCCUUCAAGAACUGGAGGACUAUUCGGGGCAAAAACCCAGUCAUACACCUGAUGUUUCUAUACCCCUCAUUGAACAAUUGGUGGAAACCUCUAAGAUUACAGAUAUUAUAGAGUUAACUGAAGACCUUCGAAUUACAGAAAAGGAAGAACCAGAAGUAAAAAUAACUGUUUAUGAGGAGGAUAAAGAAGAUCAGUAUAAACAAACUUUAGAAAAUGUGGCCAAUGAAACCUCCACCUCUGAUGCUAUAGAGCAAUUGCCACCUGCUAAGCCUCCUCGACAAAUUAAUAUUGAGCCGGAUAUUGUAGCAAGUACUAAGAAGUCCGGUCCCUCACGUCCCCCACCUCCUAUGAAUGUACCACCGCCAAGACCACCACCACCUGCACGGCCAGCGCCACCGCCGCGCAAAAAGAAAGGUGACCCUGAUUACGAGAGCCCAAGAUCAUCCGGUCUAGACUUUACAAAAGAUGCCUUUCUUGCUGGUGGACUCCUGUCUCCAAACCCCAUGACAGAUGGUUUAAACAGAGACUCGCAGCCUUCCCUGGAUCUAGCUAGCGCAACAAGUGGAGACAAAGUAGUGACUGCUCAGGAAAAUGGAAAGGCGGCUGAUGGACAACUGUCCAGUUCCCCAGCGGAAAUUGCUGGUCCUCAGAGGCCUCGAUCUAACUCCGGAAGGGAGCUGACUGAUGAGGAGAUUUUGGCCAGCGUAAUGAUAAAAAACCUAGACACCGGAGAGGAGAUCCCUCUGAGUUUGGCAGAGGAGAAAUUGCCGACUGGCAUUAAUCCACUGACCCUGCAUAUCAUGAGGAGAACAAAGGAGUAUGUCAGUAAUGAUGCUGCACAGUCUGAUGAUGAGGAGAAGCUGCAGUCCCAACAGACAGAUACAGAUGGAGGAAAACUAAAGCAGAAAACGACGCAGUUAAAAAAAUUCUUGGGUAAAAAGGUGAAAAGGGCUAAACAUCUGGCAGAAGAGUAUGGAGAGCGAGCGGUGAAUAAAGUGAAAAGUGUCCGAGAUGAAGUCUUUCACACUGAUCCAGAUGACCCAUCGUCCAGUGAUGAUGAAGGAAUGCCGUACACCAGGCCCGUGAAGUUCAAAGCUGCUCAUGGUUUCAAGGGCCCUUAUGACUUUGAGCAGAUCAAAGUGGUGCAAGAUCUCAGUGGAGAACACAUGGGCGCUGUCUGGACAAUGAAGUUUUCUCACUGUGGACGAUUACUUGCAUCCGCCGGGCAGGAUAAUAUUGUGAGGAUAUGGGUUCUUAAAAAUGCUUUUGAUUACUUCAAUAACAUGAGGAUCAAGUAUAACACAGAAGGGCGAGUUUCUCCCUCACCGUCUCAGGAAAGUCUUAAUUCUUCCAAAUCGGAUACAGAUGGUGCGGCUUUCAGUGGAGGGGACGAUAAUGAUGCAGAUGAUAAAAAUGCACCUUUUCGCCAGGUGCCGUUUUGUAAAUACAAGGGACACACAGCUGACCUUCUCGAUUUGUCCUGGUCUAAAAAUUACUUCUUACUCUCAUCAUCAAUGGACAAGACGGUCCGUCUGUGGCACAUAUCCAGGAGGGAGUGUCUCUGUUGCUUCCAGCAUAUAGAUUUUGUUACAGCAAUAGCUUUCCAUCCAAGGGAUGACAGAUACUUCUUGAGCGGUUCCUUGGAUGGGAAACUUCGACUUUGGAACAUUCCUGAUAAAAAAGUUGCCUUGUGGAAUGAAAUCGAUGGACAGACGAAACUCAUUACAGCGGCAAACUUCUGUCAGAACGGCAAGCAUGCUGUGAUUGGCACGUAUGAUGGGAGAUGCAUCUUCUAUGAUACAGAGCAUUUAAAAUACCAUACUCAAAUACACGUGCGCUCUACUAGAGGGCGAAAUAGGGUUGGCAGAAAAAUCACUGGAAUAGAGCCAUUGCCAGGAGAAAAUAAGAUCUUGGUAACGUCUAAUGAUUCAAGAAUAAGACUGUAUGACCUAAGAGAUUUAUCCUUAUCCAUGAAGUACAAAGGUUGUGUGAACAGUAGCAGCCAGAUAAAGGCCAGUUUUAGCCAUGAUUUUACAUAUAUCGUUAGUGGUUCUGAAGACAAAUACGUUUAUAUCUGGAGUACGUACCAUGACCUAAGCAAGUUCACCUCUGUUCGAAGAGACCGCAAUGAUUUCUGGGAGGGGAUUAAAGCACAUAACGCAGUUGUCACAUCAGCUAUCUUUGCCCCAAAUCCCAGCCUGAUGAUAUCGUUAGACACACCCUCUGAAAAGCAAGACACUGACAGCAAGGGAGAAGAAGGGGAGUCAGUAGAUAAUAUACCUUCUGGUGCUUUGAAGUCUGAUCACACAGAAGUGCUUCUGUCUGCCGAUUUCACGGGCGCCAUCAAGGUGUUCAUUAACAAGAAGAAGAAUAUAUCUUAAGUCCUAUUUUGAUGGAAUAAACCUGUACUACUUAUAAUAACUACCAGUCAAAAUAAAAUAAAAGAGAAACUCACACUGACCUGUGGAUAUUACUGCAGCAGUCGUCUCUGCCGCCUCUGCACAUGAAGAUACUGUAUGUGGAUAAUGGCUCUUUGUUUUAAACCUCAAUCCUGCAGUAAUAUUGUGACCAGCAAAACGUGUGCGCUGCUCAGAUCUCCCCUCACCACUUUUUCCAGUGACUGACUCUCCGCAUUUUUUUCUUUUUUAUCCUUUAUUCAAAUAAUAUUUAAGUAUCAACAUUACACAACUGCUUUAUGAUGUUUGGAUGUUCUGCUGCUCCAUUUUCCGCUUCCGUUCUUUAGCCAGAAUGCUCUGUAAAGCUGCUUUUAAAUGAUAGAUGUAUAGAGGUUCCAACUAAACGUGUAGGUUAGGAAUAGGGUGCUGUGUUACUCAUGCAAUAAGGACAAUCCUAUGAUUAAUUCCAGAUAUCUUGCUGAAAUCACAUUCACAAAAUUGACACCGUUCAGGGGUAUGUUUUAAUGUUAGAUCUGUGAUUUUAGUAAUUUUGCACCUUGCUAAAACAACGUAUUUUCUCUAUCGUCCUAAGUGGAUGCUGGGGUUCCUGAAAGGACCAUGGGGAAUAGCGGCUCCGCAG